CACACCCUUUAUUUAUUCAAGCACAUAUUUCGAUCAUACCAAAUCUUCAAUAUCGAUUCCAAUUGAAAGACAUCUUUCUAUUCAUGGAGAUGGAUUAUUUUCCCCUCUCAUAUGAUCUAAUGGUAACUCUCAUGGCAGUCACAUUCGCCUUGUCACUAUUUCUCUACUCCCUGUUAUGGAAACAUGGAGGGGUAAUCCGAAAAGCGCCACCGGAAGCUGGUAGAGCAUGGCCAAUAAUUGGCCACCUCCACUUAUUAUCAAGCUCAACUGAACCGGCCCAUUUGCUAUUCGGUAACUUGGCCGACAAGUAUGGACCCAUUUUCACUAUAAAGUUCGGAGUGAAGAGAGCUAUCGUCGUCAGUAGUUCCGAAAUAGCUAAGGAGUGCUUCAAAACCAACGACAAAGUGUUUGCAAGCCGUCCAAAAUCUAUAGCCGGAGAAGUUCUGGGCUACAACUAUGCCUUUUUCCCCUUCAGUCCUUAUGGCGACUACUUUCGCCAAAUACGCAAGAUAGCCACACUGGAGGUGCUAUCCCAGAGCCGCAUUGAGAAGCUCAAACACAUUCGGGAAUUUGAAGUGAAGGCAUCCAUGAAAGAAAUGCACCGACGAUGGACAGUGAACAAGAAGAGUAGUGGUUCGACUAAGGUGUUGGUGGAGAUGAAAGAAUGGCUUGCGUUUACAAAUGAAAACGUUAUAUUUAGGAUGAUUGUUGGGAAAAGUUUUCUGGAAGCUACUGACUCGAAGUACUCUCAAGGAUGUUAUUUGGGUCGGAAAACCUUUUUGGAAUUUCUUCGAUUAAGUGGGACUUUUGUGAUUUCGGAUUCAAUUCCAUUCCUGAGGUGGUUGGAUUUGGGUGGACAUGAGAGAGCUAUGAAGAAGAUUGCUAAGGAGCUAGAAGAAGUAUUCAAGGGAUGGCUAGAAGAGCAUAAGCACAAGAGGAAGAUAUCUGGCAGACUGAUGGGUGAUGAGCUUGAUUUCAUGGAUGUUAUGCUUUCAAUCCUUGGUAACAAUGAAGUUACUACAUCCUAUGACGCUGAUACUAUCAACAUAGCUACUUCCUUGACUUUCCUAUUAGGAGGUGCAGAAACUACGACUGCGACAAUGUCAUGGGCUCUAGCUUUACUUGUGAACCACCCUGAAACACUGAAGAAGGUCCAAGAAGAACUAGAUGAAAAUGUUGGUAAAGACAGACAAGUGAAGGAAUCAGACACAGACAAAUUGGUCUAUCUCCAAGCUGUUAUCAAAGAAUCAAUGCGAUUGCACCCUGCUGCACCACUUGCAAUACCACACCUAUCCACUGACGAUUGCAUGGUAGGUGACUACCACGUCCCAGCUGGCACACGCCUAUUGGUUAACAUUUCAAAGAUCCAUAGAGACCCAAAUGUGUGGUCAGAGCCAAACGAAUUCAAGCCAGAACGAUUCCUCACAACCCAUAAGGGCUUGGAUGUUAAGGGUCGGGAUUUUGAGUUGUUACCAUUUGGCAGUGGUAGAAGGAUGUGCCCUGCAAUCUCACUUGCACUAAAGGUCACAGAAUUUACACUCGCUUCUUUUCUUCAUGGGUUUGAAAUCGAAACCCCAACGGAUGACCUGAUUGACUUGCGUGAGACAGCAGGAUUAACCAAUCAUAUGAGUGCCUUGUUUGAAGUCCUUCUCACUCCACGCCUUCCUGCUGAGUUAUAUUAAUAUAAUUAAUGUAUUAAUUAGGCAAAGUGUGCUAUGUUAUGUUUGUUCUUUGAGUGAUUGUUAUUUGUCGAGUCCUUUAUAUUUGUAUCUCAGCAUUGUUCUUGUACUAAUUAGGCAAAUUGGGCUAUGUUAUGUACGUUGUUUGAGUGAUUGUUAUUUGUCGAGUCCUUUAUAAUUAUAUCUCAUCAUUGAACA